AUGGCAAGUAUUGUCCUGGCCCCUCAGUUCGGCAAAUUUUGGCAUGACUUGGCAAAGUUCAUCCGAAAUCUAGGCCCCGGAUCCGCAGCAGAUCGCAUGAAGGAUUGGGAGCUGCCGUUCGGUGCCAUGCGAAGUAGAAAUGAUAGAGUUUUCGAUGUUUGGGUGAGUGAAGUGUGUCUGCAUGUUGUGUUUCGUCUUGAAUGUAUUUGNAAGGGAUCUAUUCGAAUGGGUAAUAGAGAAUUGAAGAAGAAGGUGUUUGCUGCUGGUACAGAGAGAGUUGGAGAUUGUCCGUGCUCGUAG